AUGGCCUUCACACUGGCCUUCCUAGUCUCCGCUGUUGCCGCACGCCGGUCGAGCAUCUCGAGCCCGACAGCUUUCGUCAACACCUCUCUUCCCCGCGCUGGCGGUGAGCGGCGGGCGAUUGACAGACCGGCAAACGCUUCUCGAGCCACAAGCCAGGAGCACAAGAUCGAGGCACCGCCCGAUGCGGUGGCCACCCCUCGUGGGUCGACUGACCUCUUCUCCUUCUCGAGUGAGAUUCCCGACUGGCGGGGCGCCUGCGCCUCCGUUGACCGCGCCGACCUCGAGGUCGAGCAGGGAGAGAGCGAGGCACCCGACAUGGACACGACCGGCAGCGCUCCCUGGUACCGCCUUGUGGGUUCCCUCGUGCUCGAGUCCGGGGAGCCACCCGGCUGCUGGGCCGCCCCUGGCAUGGAGCGCGCGGACCAGGCGAUCAGCGUGGACCAGGCGAUCAGCGUGAACCAGGCGAUCAGCGUGGACCAGGCGAUCAGCGCGGAGAUCAACACGGCCGAGACGAACACGGCCGGCAGCUCUCCCCUCCUCAUCGGUGCCCUCAUGGGGUGCCUGGGCUUCUCUGUCGUGGCGCUGUCGUGGAGCGGCUCCUCGGCCAGCAAGACUGGCCCCGACAAGGUCGACGGCCAGAAGCGCUCGAGGCGCGCCAAGGAGAACGAGGUCGUGGCACUGACUGGCAGCACUCAGAUCUUCUUCUUCUUCUUCUACUUUGUCGCAAUGGUCGGCUUGUGCGGCGUGGCCUACGAGGCCUUGAAUACUCGGGGGCGCGGCGCCAUGUCGGGUCUCCUAUCCGUCAACAGCAUCGUGCCCGACUCGUGUGCGGCCGACGCAGCUUGGCAGGCCCGGAGGCUGGUCGAGACGGGCCUCGUCGGCGCGGGAGCCUUGCUGCUCAAGCCAACCGCCGCACACGUCCGUGUGGCCGCCGCCGCGCUGCUCGUCGGCAGGGCGGCCGCGCAAGAUGUGUGUGGCGAGUGCGUCGCGUGCAAGUGCGUCGAGUGCGUCGAUGGGAUCCCUUCGGGAUGCUAUCCCUACGAUCCUACCUACGGGCCCGUGGACGCUGAAGAGUGCAUACUCUACGGUGGCAUUGAUUGCUCCGUCUCAUCGCCAUCGCUGCCGCCGCUGCCUCCACUACCGCCACCCUCUUCGCCGUCGCCACCCUUUCCGCCGCCGCCGCCGCCGCCGUCGCUGCCCCCGCUACCGCCGCUUCUUCCACCAUUACUGCCGAUCUCUCCGCCACCAACCUACGCCGCAAGCACCUUCACCGAGCUCCGCGACUCGGUCAACAACCAAACCGGCAAGCCUGGCGACCUCGUCGUCGAGCUGCCAGAGGGAGCCCGCCUCGAGUGGGCCGUCUGCUCGCAGCUUCGCGUGCACUCCGUGCACAUGACUCUGCGGAGCGUGGGCGCCGGCGCAACCCUCGACGCCAUGAACUGCUCCCGCCACUUUGACGUCGCCUUUGGCGGCACGCUCGAGCUCGAGCGCGUGCACCUCGUCAACGGCGGUGCGCAGGCGAGCGGCGGGGCGGUCAAGGUGCGGCACGGCGGGACUUUGAUUGCGACCGAGUCGUCGAUCGAGGGGUCGAGUGUAGUCUCGCUCGACGGCGCGGCGUACGGCGGCGCCAUCGACGCCUCGAACGAGAUGGCGAUUGACAGGCGGGCCACCCGCAUCGAGUCCGCGGUCGGCCUGCAGCCCAAGUUCAAGGUCCUCGUCAGCUUCUACCAGGCGAGCAGCAUCCUCGGCGUCGUCUACGGCGUCCGCCUUGACGAGCACUUUACGCGCUGGCUCAACAUGCUCAAGCUGUUCAGCCUGGACCUGUUCGAUGUUGCCAUCCCCGGCCGCUGCCUCGGAGCCAUGAGCACGCGGCUGCUCGUCGCAGGGAUCUGGCCGUACGUCGCCGUCGCCCUCGUGUCGCUCGCCAUUGUGGCGGCGGCGGCGGUUCCCAACGUCGAGCAGGCAUUCGACCACCAGCUGCUCGGCCGCCUCCUUUACUGGGCGAUCUUCAUCUUCUACCUCGCGCUUCCCUCCGUCUCGCGCUCCAUCUUCAGCGCGAGGCUGUGCGAGUCCUUUGGCUACGACGACGCCACAGGCCAGCGGAUCAGCUACCUGCUCGCCGACCCCUCGCUCACGUGCGACGACGGCCCGACGUGGGACGACAAGACUAGCGGACUCGCGCCGUACUUUUGGGCCUUCUUCGCCCUCUGGCCCGUCCUCGUGCCGCUCGGCUUCUUGGCGCUGCUGCUCCGCGUCCGCAAGCCCGUGGCUGCGCAGCGCGCUACGCCGCUCUCCCGCGCGACGAGUUUCCUCUGGCGGGACUACUCUGCCGGCUUCCUCUUCUGGGAGGUGCUCGACCUGCUGUGCGACAGCACUAUGUACGGAGGCAUGUGCUACAAUCUCGUCGGCUACAAGACCUCGCGCAGCGCCACCACCUUUGUCGUCGUCCUCACCGCGGUCAUGCUCGCCAUCUCGCUAGCCGUCAUCCUCGUAUCGGCGGUCAGCGCCACGAGGGCGAAGACCAUGCGGCUCGCCUCGUCGAAACGCGAGCCGAUGCGCGACGGCAUCACCCUCGCCGACGGCCAGCAGUGGCACCUCUUCCUCAGCCAUGUCUGGAGCACGGGGCAGGACGCCGUCGCCGUAAUCAAGAAUGAGCUUCUGCAGUUCCUGCCCGGCUGCGAGAUCUUCCUCGAUGUCGACGACCUCAAAAACAUCGGAGAGCUGGAGGCGUACAUUGGUCGCUCGCAGGUGGUGCUCUGCUUCCUCUCGCGGGGCUACCUACGCUCGACAAACUGCCUGCGAGAGAUCCGCGCCGCGCUGGAGAUGGGCAAGCCGCUCGUGCUCGUCCACGAGGCAGACCCGGACAAGGGCGGAGGCACGCUCGCCGAGCUGCGAUCCGAGUGCCCCGAGGAGCUGCGGGCCGCCAUCUUUGACGCCGGCUGGCCGAUGGUGGUGUGGCAUCGAAUCGAGGCCUUCCAGCACGUCUCGCUCAAGGUCAUCGCCGAGGCGCUGCUGCUGAAGACGCCAAAGUACGAGGGCGAAAAGGAGCUGCCAAUGUGCGUCCCGGGCGAGCUUCGAGCCGACGACCUCGCCUUCCCCAAGCCGGUGGUUCUCUGGGCCUCGACUUUGAACGCCGGGGCGCGAGUGCUUGCCAAUGCAGUCGCGGUGGCCGUGGCUGGCAGCAUCUCUGUCACCGACGCCAUUCCCUCGCUCCUCUCCUCGCUGCCUCGCGCGAGCGACAGCGGCGGCGACGAGGCGACCCACAUGCUGCUCUACCUGAACAAGGCGACGUGGGCCGGCGAGGGCGCCGAGGCGCUCGCAGAGCAG